AUGGAGAAGGAAAAGCUGCUGGCGGCAGUAGCUGCGGCACGGCGGAAGCGAGAGGAAGCAGAUUGGCGUCGCCAGCUCUUCGAGCACAUGGGUCAGGACGACGACGACUUCUGCCGUUUCGAGUCUCACCAGGACUUGGAGAGUACGGACACGGGCCGACCAGACAGCUGGAUGGACGACAUCGCGGCAGAGGCGCGGCUUCUGAACUGA